AUGUCUUCCACCUUUGAAAAUGUCAAGACCCAGCUAGCGGGUGUGUGGUCUCUGGAAACUAUCUCAUUCUUUAUGUCUCCGUCACUCGACGGUUCACCUGUCGCGGUUCUAGAAGGCGAUAAGAUACUUGGAAGGGCCGUCUUUACUGCGGGAGGCUACAUGAACGGCACUGUGACUUUCGACCAUUGCGAUCCUGCUAGUCUGAGCUCUGCUGCAUGGGAUAAGCUGACUUCGGAGGAGAUCACCCGAAUCUGCCGAGUUAUGUCGUCUUAUUCCGGGCCCUGGAGUCUAGUUGAAGAGGGAAAUGAUAUUUUGCUGAAGAUUCUGGUGGAAAUCGCUCUAAAUCCAUGUUGGGAGGGGUCGCCGCAAGUGAGACGCCAAGUCAAGAUUGAAGAAGUCAAUGGGGAAAGUCUUCUGACGUUGGUUCCCAUGGACGAAAUCACCCUUCAACCUGGCAAAGUUGCAUACUCCAAACUUGUCUGGAAGAAGAUUGGACCACCCUAG